CCGGGCCCCCAGGCUCCGCCCCAGUCCCACUACCAGCCGGGUCCCCAGGCUCCGCCCCAGCCAGGCCCGCAGCUCCGGCCCCACUAGCGCCUGGGGCCCCAGCCCGAGCAGCAGUGAGGCCCCACAGCUCAACCACAUCGAUGACCUCACUGGCCUCUGUCUCAGUCCCUUUGACCAUCCCUCCCUCAGACCCAGUCACAGGAGUGAUAAGUAACGGCCUGAUCCUACUGAACCCGGCAACCUUGCCCCCGGGCACCAAGAUCAUCCUUCAGAUCCCACCCCAGAUGGUUGUGCCCCCAAAGGACACGGGCACGGGAGCCGGGAGUACCAACACGUGUACUCUGCAAGGACCAGUACCCAGGAGGAUGCCAGAGCUGCGCCCAGCCCCAGCCAAAGCUCAGCGGCCAGCAGGAGGGCAGCUCAGUGAUCUCACCAGCAGGAUGUCAGCAGAGAAGGGCAACGGGCCACACGCUCCACCAGUGCCAGCCCCAUCCCCACCCCUGCACCCCUCGCCACCAUCAGCCCCCCUGCACUCCCCACCACCAUCAGUCGCCCUGCAACCCUCACCUCCCUCAGCCCCACCACUGCUAGCUCCCCCACGGCCCCUGCACCUGAUGCCGCUGCCAGCCCCACCACCCCCCUCAGCCCCUCCACAGGUGCCAGCCCCCUCAGAGGAGCUCUGGGCUGAGCAGGGAGCGUGGCACAAACCCUAUAACUUCCGCCAGUCCCAGCCCCAAGGGAAAUACACUGAGGAGGGAGCAGGGGAGGGCAGUGACGCCGGGGGAAGCUCUGGGGAGGACUGGGCAGGGGAGAGCGGGGCUGAAGAGGACGAGGAGCUGGAGCCUGUCCCCCAGGGGAAGAGGCGAGGGCGGCCCCCUAAGAAGCGAAGGCGAGGCCGGCCCCCCCUGGGCCCCUACAUCUGUGUGGUCUGUGCCAAGCGCUUUGUGUACCAGCGGUCGCUGAAGCAGCACAUGCGGCUGCGCAGGCACUAUCCCUCCUGCCACCAGUGCCACAGCACCUUCAGCGAUCUCCACCAGCUGCAGCUCCAUGUGCUCAGCCACCGGGGGGAGGGCAUGGCGUGAGCAGCCAUGAUGUCUGGCCUGGCACUACGGUGCCCAACCAUCCCCCCCAGCCCCUGGGCGGGGGCCCUCAAUGCAAAUACCCCCUUGCUCUGUCCCUGCACUCCCACCCCCUUGCAGAGCAGGCAGCUUGUUGGGCUGUUUGGACUGAGCAGUCUUCUUUGGCCUGGCCGCCUAUGUGCCAUUCUGCCCUGGCCCCCAUUGCCAUCCUCAGGUUGGACUCCCCUGUGUCGCUGGGGGCAGGGCAGGGCCUCGUCUCUCAUGAAAUGCUGCUGCCUCAGCUACUCCACUGCAUAAAAAGCAGCCCUGUGGCUGGGGGGCUGCGUGUCCUUUGUGCGUCAGUGGUUGGGGCAGGGUUGGCAGCAGGCCUAAGGCAGGGGCCCCUCUGCUGGGGUGGAGGGCAGCUCUUUCCCUCUCCCCCUUCGCUCCUUGGCCCAGGGUAUCACCUCCAGGAACUGGGCUCAGACUAGGGACUUGUUUUUUCAUGUCCCCCUGUAUGGCAGAACUUGGACCCAAGAGUGGAAAGGCCCCUGCCCAGCCCCUCUGCCUUAAGGAGUCAGGUGGAGCAAGA